AUGCAGCUGAAGCAGAGUGUGGGUGCCCAGAUGUGCGCUAUUAGAUGUUUCUCUGAUAAUGUCCCCAGUCAUACAAGGGAGACUAGCAUUGACGAGCACUCAGGCGUGGCUGAGCCGGAGCUGCUCUUCUCAGAGGGGCCCAGUACUUCCCGCUGGGCCGCAGAACUCCCGUUCCCGGCAGACUCCUCUGAGCCUGCCCCCCAGCUCAGCUACCCCCAGGAAGAGGGAGGACCUUUUAAGACACCCAUUAAGGAAACGCUGCCCAUCUCCUCCACCCCGAGCAAAUCUGUCCUCCCCAGAACGCCUGAAUCCUGGAGGCUCACGCCCCCAGCCAAAGUAGGGGGGCUGGAUUUCAGCCCAGUACAAACCCCCCAGGGCGCCUCUGGCCCCUUGCCUGACCCCCUGGAGCUGAUGGAUCUCAGCACCACUCCACUGAAAAGCGUUCCCCCCUUUGAAUCACCGCAAAGGCUCCUCAGUUCAGAACCCUUAGACCUCACCUCCGUCCCCUUUGGCAACUCUUCUCCCUCAGAUAUAGAAGUCCCCAAGCCAGGCUCCCCGGAGCCACAGGUUUCUGGCCUCGCAGCCAAUCGUUCUCUGACAGAAGGCCUGGUUCUGGACACAAUGAAUGAUAGCCUCAGCAAGAUCCUGCUGGACAUCAGCUUUCCUGGCCUGGAGGAGGACCCACUGGGCCCUGACAACAUCAACUGGUCCCAGUUUAUUCCUGAGCUACAGUAGAGCCCUGCCCUUGCUCUUGUGCCCAAGCUGUCCACCAUCCUGGGCACUCCUGUGGCUGAGCAGUCCGAGGCUCAGUGCACCCCAAGCCUCUGAGUGAGGACAGCAGGCAGGGGCUGUUCUGUUCCUCUUAGCUCCCUGCUGCCUGAUUAUGCAAAGGUAGCAGUCACACCCUAGCCACUGCUGGGACCCUGUGUUCCCCAAGAGUAUCUGAUUCCUCUGCUGUCCCUCCCAGGAGCUGAAGGGUGGGAACAACAAAGGCAAUGGUGAAAAGAUAUUAGGAACUCCCCAGCCUGUUUCCAUUCUGUGCCCAGCAGUCUCUCUCCUUCCCUGAUCUUUGCAGAGUGGCCCUUGUAAAUAGUGUCAAUCCUCCAAAUUAUCCUCUAAUUAUAAAUGUAAGCUUAUUUCCUUAGAUCAUUAUCCAGAGACUGCCAGAAGGUGGGUAGGAUGACUGGGGUUUCAAUUGACUUCUGUUCCUUGCUUUUAGUUUCGAGAGAAGGGAAGACCUGCAGUGCACGGUUUCUUCCAGGCCGAGGUACCUGGAUCUUGGUUCUUUACUGCAGGGACCCAGACAAGUGGAUCUGCUUGCCAGAGUCCUUUUUGCCCCUCCCUGCCACCUCCCCGUGUUUCCACGUGAACUUUCCUGCAAGAAGAAAUCCUGGUUUAAAAAGUCUUUUGUAUUGGGUCAAGAGUUGAAUUUGGGGUGGGAGGAUGCAGCUGAAGCAGAGUGUGGGUGCCCAGAUGUGCGCUAUUAGAUGUUUCUCUGAUAAUGUCCCCAGUCAUACAAGGGAGACUAGCAUUGACGAGCACUCAGGUGGAGGCUUGAGAAAGCCGAAAGAGCCCCUGACCUGCCUGGCUUCCUUAGCUUGCCCCUCAGCUUUGCAAAGAGCCACCCUAGGCCCCAGCCUAGGGUGUGAGCCGGCUUGAGAACACUACUGUAACUAUCUACUCAAUAAAAGUGAGGGUGGACAUGC